GCACAAAAGCGAAAGACAUAAUUCAUUUAUGCAUGGAGUGACAGUUUGAAAAUAUUUUAACAGCUUUCAACUUUUUCAAACAGUAGAAAAUCAAGAUGGACAGAAGGCUGGUAUUCUUGUUAACUUUGAUGACAGUGUUUAUUGCUUUGGGUCUGUGGUUGGCGUCCAUUUUAACAAGAGGCUGGUUUGUUGUAACUUUAAAAACAAGCAGCAUUCAGCCGACAUCUAUUCUUGAGAAUAUUUUGUCCCUAAACUCGCUUUUGAAUCUCAACAACAUCAUUCCUUCUAAAAGAAUUUCUUUGCCACCAGUUCGUGUUGAACUGGGCAUAUUUCAUUGUACGCUGUGUACAAGUGGUAAUUGCCUUCGUGUCCCCCUCGACAAACUUCCUUCACCAGUAUAUGCUGUGGUGGAAAAACUCCCUAAGUUAUUAGAACUUAAAAUAACGAGUACAGUUGCCCUUUCAUUAUGUGUCAUUGGCUUUUUACUUCUUAUGUUAAACUGUGGAUCAUCAUCGAAGGUUAAAGCCGGUGGAAUUGUUAUACUUUUGGCUACUUUAUCUGAAUCCUUCUUGAUUAUACGAAUGGUCGUUGCAACGGUUCAAGUGGCAUUGGACACUGUGGAAUCUACACUCAGUCUUUUGAACCUUAAAAUCAUAGAGAUUGAAGUUCAAACACCCUUAUCUAUCAUUCUGUCUGGUAUCGGUCUGGUGUUUGUCAUACUGGGCAUGGUUUGCAGUCGUAUUUUAUACUCAAAACUACGAGAACCGUCCACAGAUGGUCGAAAGAUUGAUGUUGUUUCUUCUAUUCCUACUGUCAAUCUUACUAUCCAAGAAGGACGUUUUUAAUUUUAUGUAAUCAGUUUCUUUUGGUUGUAUUGUGUACAAGAUGGUCUAUGGGGUGUCUGUAAUUGUUACUUGGUAUGUCAAUGUUUAAAGUAUAAACCUUUUCCUCAGAAAAUUUCCUACGAAUACGAAAUAAUUUUUUUUAUCAUCUAAUGACAUCUAGGCACCUUAGUACGGUGCAAAAAUAUUCUUCUUUUCAUUGUAAUACUUUGUUAUAAUUACUUUACUUUCCUUACUUUACUUUCAAACAAAAUGUUCAAAUCACUAUAAAGCAAUAUAGUUUCAGAAUAGAUUUAAUUGAACUCGAGGUCCAUUUUUAUCGAAAAAGCAGUUGUCUGUGAUUUCACAAAAUGUGGAUUUUAAUUUAUCUCUGCUGUUUUAAGAGGUCCGUGUUUUCUUUGCUGCCGAUUUAUAAGAGAGUUUCAAUGAAUUUUUGAGCUUGAUUGCUGUUCAUUAUCUGCAUAUUUCAUUUGUAUAAAGUAUUUGACUUAUUUACUCGGUGGGAUAUUUUGAGAUUUCAAAUUCUCAAAGAAUUUCUAAAUAUCUACACAUGAAUAUCUAAUUUAUACUAAUUCUCCAAAUAUACUCUUUUACAGAACUUUUGAAGUUUGCCCUUCACUUCUAUGUAUAUUUUAAUGGAAAGUAAAGCAAAAAGUUCUGUAGAGCAUUUACUGG